AUGAAUGGAGAAUAUGAUUUUGAUGAUCUGUUUGACUACAAUAAUUUCAAUCCAAUCUUUAUGGAAGGAGCUGGUAAUGAUGAGAAUGAUAACGUUGGUGCCAUGUCUGGUGAUGGUGAUGAUGAUGAUCAUCAUCAAGAUGGUAAAAGGGCUAGGAAAAACGUCAGGCACAAUGCUCAACAGAUUCAAGAACUCGAAAUUUACUUCAUGGAGUGUCCUCAUCCUACUGAGAAAAGAAGGUCAGAAAUUGCACAAAGGCUUAAUAUGGAGAGCAGGCAAAUCAAGUUUUGGUUUCAGAACAAGAGAAGCCAAGAGAAGACACAGAAAGAGCGCAAUGAUGGUACAACCCUCAAGCAAGAGAAUGACAUACUGCGAGCAGAUAAUGAGCGUCUCAAACAAAAGCUGAUGUUAUCUACAUGCUCAACUUGUGGUGGGCCAAUGGAUGAUUCCUCUCUGGAGCAACAACUUUUAGCUCAGAAUGCUAGGCUUAAGCAGGAGUUAUUCUUCCAUAACAACACCCCCAUUCAAACACCGGCGCCGGUCAAUCCAUCCUCCUCGGUGCAGCCGAUGAUCUUUGACAAUCCAGGAAGUUAUGCACCACUAGUACUUGAUUCUGGUGAACAAACUUCGACGUUUCAGGAGAUGAGCAACAUCCCCAUUCAACCACCGGUGAUGAUCUUUGAUAAUCCAGGAAGUUAUGCACCACUAAUACUUGAUUCUGGUGACCAAACUUCUAAGUUUCAGGAGAUGAGCAACAUCUCCAUUCAACCACCGGUGGCUAAUCCAUCUUCCUCCUCGUCCCAGCCAAUGAUCUUUGAUAAUCUAGGAAGUUAUGCACCACUAGGACCUGGUUCGGGUGGUCAGGAGAUAAGCAACAACCCCAUUCAACCACAGGUGGCCAAUCCACCCUCCUCGGCACAGCCAAUGAUCUUAGAUAAUGCACCACUAGGGCUUGGUUCUGGUGGUCAAAAUUUCACUUUGCAGGAUAGAGAAAGGUAUAUGUAUCUUGGCACUACUGCUAUGACGAGUUGA